AUGGUUUCAAACACUCUGCCUCACUGGUUUUACGAGCUAACGGACCGUACACAGGCGGUUGGCGUUGCCAUGUCUUCGCAGCCGCGCAAGGUUGUCAAGCCAGACAUCUUUGAGGGCUCUGAGAAGCGGCAGAAGCACGGCAAAACCAACGAGGACGCCCUCAAGGUUAAACGGGCAUGGGAGCUCGCUCUGGCGCCUGCGAAAAGCCUUCCGAUGAAUUUAAUCAUGUCCUGGUUCAGUGGAAAUUCAAUGCAAAUGAUUACCAUGUCUAUGACACUCUACAUGUUCUUUUUGUCGCCUAUGCGCCAGAUCAUGUCCAUGGGCCAGACCUUCGGGCACUUGGACGGCAAAAACAUUCAUUCGGAAAUCCUCAUGACCAAAAUCGUAUUUAUUCUCUGUGCUGUGAUUACAAUGGUGGCUGGCGUUUGGAAAGUGGGCCAAAUGGGUCUUUUGCCCACCCACACCAGCGACUGGCUGGCUUGGCAGGAGCCCACGGUCUACUCGGCAUCAUUUUGA